UUCCCCAAAAAAUUAUUCAUUCGUGUCUUGGUCUCGAGGCUCAUCUUCUUCGUUGAGGACCCAUCGGAAGCCCUAGAUUCUCAGAGAAAUCUCCGGCGAUGGAUGUUCGUACUAUUCUCAAUGUUAGCUUGGUGAUCUUGGCUUCAAUCAUCUGUCUGGAAGCUAGGGUUGCCAGCAGCCGAUCGGUCGUCUUCUUCGAUGGUUCUCAGCAUAGAUACAUCCGGAGCAAUCCAUCUGAUGGAGAACGGAAGAUGAGCUCAAUUUCAGCACAGGAGGUUGCUGCAACUGUAUCAGUUUUACUUGGGUUUGCACCAUCUCCCUUGCUCGAUGCUAAAUCUUCAUCUAAAUUAAAUGAGAUCCUCCUGCCAAGUCCAUUUGACAGGCCCCGUGCUGUUUUUGCAAUGGAAGUCAGAGGAACUGAGGAUAGUCUGUUGUCAACUGACCACUUAAACUCCCUUUCGGGCAAUACUUUAAGUACCGAGGUUCAUGGCUCAAGUAUAGCUGCAAUAGAACUCCCUGGUGAUGCUGAGAUUUCUGUUGUUCCUUUAGAUGAAUCUAUAAGUGUUGAUUGUGAUGCUUCAUGUCUUGGUAAAGAAUUCCACAUCCUUGUAAGUAUGCUCCACGUGCUCAGUGGUUUGGGUGGAUCAUUUGUUGGUUCUGCAGAGUCAUUUGAUGGAGAGUUAAAAGUUCCUUUGGCUAGUGGCGCAACUUUGAGCCUGCAACUCACUAAGAAAGCAGAUCUAAAAUUUGUAUUAAGUGUUGCUUCCCUAGUUCGAAACAUAAAAAAUGCAGUAAAGAUUCAUGAAGACAUUUCUCAAAGCAGUGUGAACCCUGCAGAGUUGUUGUUUGGCCGUUUCAUGGGCAUUGAGGCUUUGAAAGAGGAAUAUGGUCCAGGCAAUGUGGUUGACCAAGGAGUAGAGCUUCUCCAGACAAUACUUAUCAAGCUGUUUGAUUUAUUACAAAAAUCUUAUGGAGGGAAAAUAGCUGGGGUUAUUUUAUGCGACAAAGAAACUUAUCCUGACUCAAAAGCAAUGUUGGAACUGUCAUUCUCCCCUAGGACUUCACGAUUGUUGGAGGAAGACAGCCUUGAUGUGUCAAAGAGGGAGGUCUUACUAGUUAGGCGGAGUUUGGCUUGGAUAACUGGGGUUAUUCUCCUCGUUUCAACUUUUAUUGGGAUCUACCUUCUUCUUAAUAUGCCACUCACAAGAGAUACCCUACUUUAUUCCAAUGUCAAGCUUGAUUGAUUCCUUCUAUGCAAGAGCUCUGAUGAUACAAGAUGUUAAUGCCUAUGAUACUAUCGGCCUGGCUUCUUCAGAUUAAACUAUUUGUUUUUAUAUUGUAGAUUUCGCUCCUGUUAGCCAAUUUCUAUUUCCACUACUGGCUUGUGGAGUUCUUUUGUGCAUGAUUGCCUACUACUGUAUGCAUGGCGAGCGCUUACUAUUUCAUCGGUUUUUAAAAGAAAAUAAGAUACAUUUUAUGUAGAAAUUACCGAAGCUGCAAGAAAUUUUUGUGAACAUGUUGACCGUCAAGGAAAACCGAAAAUGUUCGUGUUUCAUGGA